GAGGAGUUGGGCAUAAUUUAUUUAAGGAUGUAGGGUUGAUGCGAGAAUAAAGAUCUAAGUAAGAACCCAAGAGAAUGAGUCUCUGCAAGAGCUUUGGGUGGCCUCUUCAGUUUCUUCUCUUUCUGCUGUGGGAGGCAGAGUGCUUCUUUACUCAUAACCAAAACAGUGUUUAGGAAUAUGGGCAUAAACAGUUCUUUUCCUUGAGACCUAGGCUGUGUGGCCCUCUGUGUGAGAGCUGGGACAGCUGUGGGGAACUAUGCCAUUGCUUCAUCCUCUCCUUUCACCCUAAGGUAUUUUUAUGAGGUGAGCAGAACUCUGGUUUUAUGAGAACUCUUCAGUGCUUGCCCUGUGGCAGAUGGCAGCUAGCCUGAAGAAACGGUGGCAGUGAGAAGAGAGGACUUCUUUUCCUCUUUUUUUCAGGUAGGAAGGAUGAGCUCCUAUGCUGACAUCUGCGGGUCCAAGCACGCGCAGGGCAGCACCGAGGGAGGUUACCAACGCUAUGGAGUUCGCUCCUACCUGCAUCAGUUUUACGAGGACUGCACAGCUUCGAUUUGGGAGUAUGAGGAUGAUUUUCAGAUCCAGAGAUCGCCUAGCAGGUGGAGCUCUACGUUCUGGAAGGUCGGACUCAUCUCCGGGACGGCUUUUAUGCUGAUAGGUUUAACGGUUCUGAUAGUGGGUUUUCUUGUGCCACCGAAAAUCGAAGCUCUAGGGAAGGAUGAUUUUGUGGUGGUGGAUACCCGUGCCGUUCAGUUUAACGGGUCCCUGGAUAUAUGCAAGCUGGCAGGAGCAAUCCUGUUCUGUGUCGGAGGGUCCACGGUGGCAGCGUGUCUGCUGAUGUCCGCUUUUGCCAAGAGUUACUCCAAAGAAGAAAAGUACCUUCAGCAAAGAUUUAAGGAGAGAAUAGCUGAUAUCAAAGCCCACGCAAGCCCAGUCACAAAAGCGCCAGCACCGGGGGAAUCAAAGAUACCUGUCACUUUGUCCAAAGUUCAAAAUGUCCAACCUUUAUCUGAAACCUGACCCCUUCCCUUAGGUUUUGUUUCUCGCUUGUAGAUCACUUUCACUGGAAAAUAUCAGCUGUUGUUGGCAUACGUGCUAGUCAAUUCCAACAUCCAGUGCUCUGCUGUACAAACACACAGCUGAUGGGGAAGCUGCUCCAACACUAAAUUUAGGAUUGGUAAAAGGGAAAUUAUGUGAUGAGACCUGUGACCAGUAUGUUCAGUGUAUUCCAACAUUUUAAUCUGUGUUGAACCAAUAAGUCCUUGCAACAACGAUUAGGUGUUUAGCUUAUCAAACGGCAUCCCUGGAAACCAUAGGGUGUGUUUAUGGCAGCCGUACCAGGAACAUCCUACAUCCCACUAUUUAAAGUUUAGAUGAGUUGGCUUUUUGUUUAAUUUUCUUCUUGCCUUUAAGAUAUUGUUUAGUCUUACUUUCACUGCCUGGUUCUGCUGUCUGGGAAGCCAAGAUUCUGCCCUUGUGAUUUGCACUUGCCCUCCUGUCACGUGCUAGGGUCUGUAGCAAAGUAUUAGUGCACAGGUAAAACACACGUGACAGUGAGUGCCCUUAAUUUCACCCUGGCACGUGUCCCUUCCCAGAAAUGCUACUUUAUGGGAAAGGCAAGUUAUAAUUGAUUCCGAGUUACAAUUAAUCUGUGCAAAACGGCCACAUUUGUCUUAGUCAUUGCCAUAUUGCCAAAAAAUGCAAAGUAAAGAUAAGGGAUUUAUAGUGGAGGAGGAACAUCAUACUUGAGUAUCUUUAGUUUGAUAUUGUUUGUUUCAUUAUAUCCUAUUAUGUUUGAAGCUCAUACAAAAUGUUUUAGUUUUUGGCUGGGUGAGGAUUACUAAAUGUGGUUUGAAAUGCCCAGGCCCCAUGUUCUGUCAGUACCUGAAUGCCAUGUUAGGUGACCUUAACAUCCUUAUCUACAAACAUUUUGAAAUGCUGUUUAUAUUUUUAUAGAGGAUAGAAAAAGUUACGCUUAACCAGAUACAUCUGUGUAAACGCUUACCUGAAGACUUGUCCUUUCAUGAAAGACCCUUAAUUAUUUUCCCACCCAGGGCAAUUAUUUCACAGUCUUAAUCUAUGGAUUUAAAUUAAACUGUAUAAAGAAAGAUGUGACGUUUGUACUCUCUGACAAUAUGUGCCACCUUAUAGUUCUGUCUAUUUUUUUGAAUGGAUUGAAUAAAAUUCUAGGCGUGAGCCAACCAUGGA